CCGCACAUGCCGCGCCGGCUCCCCGCGGUCCCCCCGCGCUGGUAGUGGGAGGCAGGGGGAAGCGCCCCCUCCUCUCCCUCCCCUCCCCGCCCCGAGUGCCCACCGCCGGCUGGGAGCGCCGCUCCCCCGGCCGCCCCGCUGCCCCCAUGAUGACCGCCAAGGCGGUAGACAAGAUCCCGGUGACCCUCGGCGGCUUCGUGCACCAGCUCCCCGAGGGCAUUUACCCGGCGGAUGACAUCUCCGCCGCGCUGCCAACUUCGGUCGCGAUCUUCCCCAAUGCCGACCUGGCAGGGCCGUUCGACCAGAUGAGCGGUGUGGCAGGAGACGGCAUGAUCAACGUGGACAUGGGCGACAAGCGGGCCCUGGACCUGCCCUACGGUGGCGGCUUCGCCCCCAAUGCUCCGGCUUCCCGCAAUCAGACCUUCACCUACAUGGGCAAAUUCUCCAUCGACCCGCAGUACCCUGGCGCCGGUUGCUACCCCGAGGGCAUCAUCAACAUCGUGAGCGCGGGGAUCCUGCAGGGGGUCAGUACGCCCUCCUCCGCCGCCUCCUCCGCCGCCACCUCCGCCUCCUCCGCCGCCUCCUCGGCCACCGCCGCCUCCGCCACCUCCCCCAACCCGCUGGCCGGGGCCCUCGGCUGCACCAUGGCACAGGGCCAGCCAGCCGACCUGGAGCAUCUCUACUCGCCUCCGCCGCCGCCCUACUCGGGCUGCGGUGACCUGUACCCACAAGACCCCUCCUCGGCUUUCCUGCCCGCCGCCGGCGGCGGGGCACUGCCUUUUCCCCCGCCGCCCUCCUACCCCUCACCGAAAGCGGCGGCGACCGACGGCGGGCUCUUCACCAUGAUCCCCGAGUACGGCGGCUUCUUCCCGCCGCCCCAGUGCCAGAGGGAGCUCCACGCCGGUCCCGACCGCAAGCCCUUCCCCUGCCCCCUCGACUCGCUCCGCGUCCCGCCGCCCCUCACGCCGCUUUCCACCAUCCGCAACUUCACGAUGGGGGCGCCCCCGGCGGGCGCCGCCCCCGGCAGCGCUCCCGGCAGCGGCGGGGGCGAGGGUGCGGGCGCCCGGCUGCCCGCCGGCGCCUACAGCCCGCACCACCUGCCGCUGCGGCCCAUUCUGCGGCCCCGCAAGUACCCCAACCGGCCCAGCAAGACGCCGGUCCACGAGCGGCCCUACCCGUGCCCCGCCGAGGGCUGCGACCGCCGCUUCUCCCGCUCCGACGAGCUCACCCGGCACAUCCGCAUCCACACGGGCCACAAGCCCUUCCAGUGCCGUAUCUGCAUGCGGAACUUCAGCCGCAGCGACCACCUCACCACCCACAUCCGCACGCACACCGGCGAGAAACCCUUCGCCUGCGACUUCUGCGGCAGGAAGUUCGCCCGCUCCGACGAAAGGAAGCGGCACACGAAGAUUCACCUGCGCCAGAAGGAACGAAAAGGAGCCGCCGCCGCCGGCGGGUGCCCGCAACCCGGCGGCGGGAGCGGUACCGCCGCCCUGGCCCCCUGCACGGCGCGGACGCGGACGCCCUGACGGCGCGGGACGCGCAGGACCCAGCGCGGAGCCGCCGCCGAGCG